AUAGGUGCACCGAGCGAGUUAGAAGUUAAUCAGUGGCCUAGAAGGGACGAGGUUGAACACUUUGAUCCCAAUGCCAUCAGUUUACUGGAUUUUGCAAUAUAUUGCAACACAGCAAGCUGGCCCGAUCAGAGAGUCCUGCACUGCACUCUGACUUUCUUUCCAGCUCUGUUUAUGCAGCAGACUAACUGAGGGCCCAGGAUUUUUAUUCCAUGUUGCUGCUAUCAGUGGAAGAUUUUCUGGGUGAUAUUGUAAAGUAACUGUGUUGUGUCUUUCAGUCCCACAUGACAAGAGCUCACUGCCAGGAGGCAGCUGCGUAAUCUGUAAACUCCUCCAAGAUUUCAUUGCAGAACCAUCUGGAAGCUAUUGCUCUGGUACUUUCCUGACUUUCAGCAAACUUGUAAGAAUUUCUGGAGAUUUCAUCAGUUUUAAGCAACAUUCUUAAGCGUUGGUAAAUCUGACCUAACUGCUUUCAAACUUUGAAGCAAUUUCCAGCACGGAGAACAGUUUCCUUUAGCUAUUUAUCGGAUCUGACCAACCUUCAGCAGCACCGAUUGAAGUUAACAAUGAACACUCAUGAGACAGACGUACAGUACAGCCGAUGGAAUGACAAUGCUCAGGACCAGGUCACCAUCAGCAUUUCUGCAAUAGAAGCAACAGGUUGUAAAAGGAUAUUUAAUAAAUUAUGCACUGGAAAACUAGGCAUUGCGAUGAAAGUCCUUGGAGGAAUUGCUGUGUUUUGGGUCAUCUUCAUCGUUGGUUAUGUGACAGGCUACUAUGUCCACAAGUGCAAGUAGAAACUUAAAGCAGAAAGCUGGAAGUUACUGCAUUCCUAUUACAUCUGCUGAAUAAUUCUGUCCUGUUUCAGGUGUGAUCUCCACAGCAGCUCCCCUGUCUCCUGUUUCAAUAUAAUGAAAGAAUCAAUCUAAAAUUCACCCAUAGUGAGCCAUUGUUUGAAUCUUGAACUCCAAAUUUAAUCCUGGUGUAGUUUGUUUUUCUUAAAGGAACAGCGUUCCCAUGGGAUUGUGCUGAGGAAGACACAUGGACAGAGGCGGGUACACCACUAGCAGCAGCUCGAUGGCAUCACUGCACCACAGUCACGGCAAUAUAAAUAUCAGCAGCACAUAGGCCAACUUUAAUUAUUUUUUACUUUUUGAGAAAAACUGAAACGAAGCUCCCUUCCUCCAAAUGCGCCAUUCAGUUUUUAAUAAGUCAAAUACUGUGGAUGCUGGAAAUCUGAAAUAAAACUAGAAAAUGCUGAAAAUACUCAGUAGGUCAGGCAGGGUCUGUAGAAAGAGAAACAGAACUGUUUCAGGUCAAUGACUCUUCAUUAGAGCUGGCAAACACUCUUUGACCUGAACUGUUAAUUCUGUUUCUGUCUCCACAGAUGUUGCCUACCCGAUUAUUGUGUCCAGCAUUUUCUGUUUAUAUCCCAUUUUAACUAUCUGGAUGUGUUACUGAGCCAAACAGACCAGGGAUAGGUUUGAUCCCUGAUCUCUCCUGUAAACUGUCUCAAUGACCUUGGAGUUUGGAAGGAAAUUUUCCAAAGUUGCUUCUCCUGGUUGCUUUCCAAUGACACCCUCCUACUAGAAUAUCCAUGCGUGUAGGCUAUGGGUGAGGAGGUGAUCAGCCUGUGAUGUCCUCCAAGGACGUAUGACCUGCCAGUGAGCAAUGUGUUUCUGACACAUCAGUUAGGAGCUGUGCCUGUGGAAUUGUCUCCCAAGGAUGGGUUAGUACAUGUCAGUAGAGAACGAUGGAGGAAGAAAGGAAAGAAUAUUCAAGAAUAGUUGACUUCCCAGUUAUCUUCUCUCAAUAAACCAAAACCUCACUGGCAGGAAAGUACAGCUGUGUUUAGGAGUUGGAGUGCAGGUCUCCCUACACCAACACAAGCUGUUAAUGCUCCCACUUACACUGCUGAUAAAAUGUCAGAGCUGUUUAUACCUAGGGCCGUGCCUGUGAGCUUUAAAUAUCCAACCACUUAAUACACCAAUCCAUUCACAGAUUGUCCAAAACCCCUUUCCCAUCCCCAAGUGCGUUGCUACCUCUGACAGGAGGGGGAAAUUUGAGGGCUAAUAUUAGGAUGAUAGUAUCAUCACUCCUCACAUGGCUCAGUGAAGAUAUACACCAUCCAGUGUAGUGUAAGAUACUAUAAUACAGAUUCAAUGUUUGUUUUAACUGAAGAAAAUGCAACUGUAAAGUUAUAAGUGUGCACAUGGAGAGUCAUUUUCCAAUUCUUCACUUUUGGUAGGACAUCACAUGUUGGAAAUUUGAGUGCCACGCCAGGUCAUUUACUGAUCAUUUAAUUUAAUUGAUGGUGGGUAAAACAUGUGCAAUGCACACCAGAGAGUGAAGCCUCCCACCUAAAACACAAGCCAGAAAAUUAAUCAUCCUAUACGGAUAUAUCUACAUGUGCAUUGACAAACGUGGAUGCAAUAUUUACAUAGUCAUGUACAUGGUUUGUACAAUUACACACACACACACCCAAACACCCUCUCUGCUAACAGCAUGGAACCUCUCCAAUGGCAGGCUUGGGACAGAAAACCGGGUCCCCGAUUGACUUUGUGCACCCAAACAGUGAUGUGGCAAAUUUCCCAAGAUAUUUUUGGAGCCAGAAGGGAGUUGUACCACAGAGCAUGUGCCAUGCUUAAAUAAAAUGAUUAUUAAAACUGGAUCUCACACUGAAUGUUGUAAGAUUGGAUGAAGCUCCGUCACAGCACACAUCUCACCUUCUGAGCAGGCCGGAGGGUCUGGUGUGUAGUGUCUCUGUAAAUAAGGCUGCCGUUGUAUCACUGGAUCCUGAAAUUUGGCAAUAAACAGUUCUCUACUUGU